AUGAGUGGAAUGCCUGAGGUGGCGGCUGCAACGAAGGACGGUGUGUCCCGCAAGGCGUCGAAACAGUCACUGAUUAAAGUCACCAAGAAGCCGCUUAAGAAGCGGAGAAAAUCUCGCAAGCAGAGCUAUUCCAUUUACUUGUACAGGGGACUGACCCAGGUCUACCCUUCCACCAGGGUCUCCUCCAAGGCCAUGAGUGUCAUGAAUUUCUUUGUUGUCGACAUUUUCGAGUGCAUCGCCCCUGAGGCUUCGCACCUCAUUCAUUACAACAAGCGCCGCGCCAUCUCGGCCAGGGAGAUCCAGAGCGCCGUCCGCCUCAUGCUGCCAGGGGAGCUGGCCAAACAUGCCAUUUCCGAAUGCACCAAAGCAGUCACCAAAUACACCAACUCUGUUUAG